AUGGCUGCUACCGGCGAUCGCUGCGUAGCGGCGGCUACUCUUCUCCAGAUACUGUUGGCGUUCGUUUGCUUGCUUUCCUCGGCGUCGGGGCUCCAAAUUCCCCAUCCCGAUCUCCCGGAUAUGUACACGGACUUCGUGCGGGAUCGCACCUGGUACCCGCCGCCCGUCGAAGUGGUCGCCAUCGAUCUGGGCAACACCAACUCCUGCAUCGCCGGCUACGCCCCCGCCAAGACCGACACCAUGUUCCAAUUCUGCAUCCCGUCCUGGGUCGCAUUCACCGACGACGGCGCCACCCUCGUCGGCGAGGCCGCCAGGAACCACGCCGGCGCGGCUGAUCCUCAAGCCGUGGUCUUCGGUUUCAAGCGCUUGCUCGGGCUAAGAUCAAACCACUGGUACGAGGACGCCAUCGUGCAGACAGCCAUCAAGCGUGCUCCGUACAAGAUCACUGCAAGAGACUUCAACACGCCGAUGAUCGACGUCAAGUCCAAGGACGGUACAGUGAAGCACCUCAGCCUGAUGAAGGUGGCAUCCAUGGUGAUCGCCCAGCUUAAGGAGAAGGCCAUGGAGUACCUCGGCGGUCCGGUCGACUACGCCGUCAUGACCAUUCCGCAGCAUUACAGUGGGCUGUCCAGGGACACGGCCAUGAUGGCCGGCGAGCUUGCCAGGCUACACAUAGUAGACAUGGUCCCCGAACCCAUUUCAGUUGCCGUCGCUUAUGGCCUCCGCACCAAGCUGCGAGAGGGCGCCAACGCACUAGUGCUCCAUGUCGGAGGCGGCACGGCUGAUGCGAGCGUCGUCACGCUUAUGGAUCGUUCGCUUGGAAUCCGCGCAUACCGGGAUGAUCCUUUCCUUGGAGGAGAUGAUUUUGAUGAGAAGGUCGUGGACUAUUUCGCCGAGCUAGUGAAGAUGAAGCACGGAAAGGACAUCGGUGGGGAUUCGAUCGCUCUUGCAAAACUGAGGACGGCAUGUGAGCGUGCCAAGAAGGCAUUGAGCAACCAAGAGCAUGUUGAAGUGACUGUUGAGUCUCUUUUCGACGGCGUGGAUUUCUCCGAGACAUUGUCACGGUCAAAGUUUGAGGAAUUGAACGAUGAUGCGUUCCGCAGAGUUGUUGCGUUGGUAAGGAGAGUGAUGCUAGAAGCAGAGGAAAGGAGGGGCAACAUCAAGAUCGAUGAGAUUAUUCUUGUUGGUGGAAGCACCAUGAUCCCAAAGAUCCAGAGACUUGUCAAGGAAUACUUUCAUGGGAUGGAGCCAAGCAUAAGGGUGAAACCAGAUGAAGCAGUUGCUCUUGGAGCAGUAGUUCAUGCAUAUUCUGCUUAUUGA